UCCUGCCGUCACAGUUAAGCAAUUUCCGGUUUUGUUGCGAUACCAGAACAUCCAUGCCACCCAACAAAUGGAUCCGCGAUGGCUGUAAACCGGGUCUCAUCACGGCCUGGUCCUUUGCACUGUAGACCGGGGAUUAUUGUGGUACCAUAUUGGUCGGGGAGUGUUGAGCCAGGGAACUAUAUUUGUAACAAAAAGGCCGGGAAAACUGGGACGAUAAUGGUUCGUUAAUUAAAAACGCUUCGGAUUACUGUGUUAAAAACGAGUACAUACUUGUUCAGUCAACAUAUAUACUCUCGUUUUGGAUUUCAACGAGUUCAAAAUGGAUUACUGGGUAUUGUACUUAAACCAAAGAAGGCGAUGUGCAAGCUCAUUACCCUACGUCACGUGAUAUUAUGUGCUGAAUUUGUGAUAUCCACGAUGAUGUACGGGAACUUCCCACUUAACAAAACUUCCAUAUACAUAACAGGGUAUAAAUUGAUCCCUAACGAAACAGACAUGUUAAUUACAACUCCGUUUUCAAAUGGAAGUUUUAGCAAUGUGUCAAACAUUUCCGCAGGCGGGGUGGAGGCGGUGCCAAUGUGGUAUGUACCUCGAUACAGCUUUCCGAUAUUCCUUUUCAUCGUAAUUCUUCUCGGAUUGAUGAUCAUUGCGACAAUAAUUGGAAAUGUGUUCGUCAUAGCCGCUAUUUUGAAGGAGAAAAGUCUUCAAGGCGUUUCGAAUUACCUAAUACUGUCGCUGGCCGUUACCGACCUAAUGGUGGCGGUUCUUGUGAUGCCAAUCAGUGUCGUGAACCAAGUCAGCAUAUUUUGGUAUCUAGGAGCCCAUUUGUGUGAUAUGUGGAUUUGUUUUGAUGUUUUGUGUUGCACCGCUUCCAUUCUUCACCUCGUGGCUAUUUCUCUUGACCGAUUCUGGGCAGUAUCUAAUAUAGACUACAUACGACGCCGAUGCGCUAAACAGAUAUGUAUCAUGAUAGCUAUUGUUUGGGUAGUAGCGGCCAUCAUUUCCAUUCCACCAAUAUUUGGAUGGAAAGACCCAGGGAAUGACCCGGAUGUGUUGGGUGUUUGUAUGAUCAGUCAGGAUUUAGCCUAUACUGUGUUUUCAACAGUCGGGGCAUUCUAUUUUCCAAUGACCCUUAUGAUUGUGUUAAAUUUUAAAAUAUAUAUGGCAGCUCGGUCGAGGAUAAGACGGAAACACUUCAGUGGAAUUUCACGACCUGUCGGCUGCCCUACAAUUACAAAGGCUGAAGCGACCACGAGGAAUAAUUCAUCCGGAAGUGACGUAAGCCAUGAUGAAUAUACAGUAUACAACGGAUCGUGUGUUAAUGAAGAAACUGCAAUGAAUGUUUCUGAAACAAACGGUACUGUAACGGUAAAUGGAGGCGAACAAUAUCUAGCGGUGCCAUCAGCUGUAUAUGUUGUCAACAAACAAUUGGGUAGCUCAAACGCGAGAGUAAAUAACAAUAAUCACAAACGAAUACGACAGCGAGAUAAAGAACGAACAAGAAAAGCGAAAGUUGAGAUGAAAAGGGAGAGAAAAGCCGCUCGUGUGUUAGGGAUUAUUACCGGCGCCUUCAUUGCCUGCUGGCUGCCUUUCUUUUUCGGGGCCUUACUCGGGCCAUUUUGUGGUGAGAAGUGUUACCUAUCUGUUGAUAUGAUGAGUACAUUUUUGUGGCUGGGGUACUUCAAUAGUUUGUUGAACCCCAUCAUAUAUACAAUCUUUAAUCCCUCAUUUCGAACAGCCUUUCGUAAAUUAAUCUACAGAAAAUAUCGUUAUCGGAGGUAACAGUUCACAUGCAUUAUAUGUUUCAAAGGUGGCACAACUGCCUAACUUGUUGUUUUCAUUGACUCGCAUUGAUUGACGUAUGCCUGUAGCGUUACUUAGUUACGGUAAUGACCCGAUGUCCGAAAUCUCGCUGUCGUGAUGGUCAACAUUUCGUUCUGUUACGUGUUUUUGUUUAAAAUAUUAAAACAUUAUUUUGUAUAACAAAUCUGGAAAAAUGCUAUUAACGAAAUGAUGUGCGAGAAAAUACUCGUAGCGUCGCCGGCUCCAUUGGAUGUAUCUGAUGAUAGUGACGGUAAUGUAUUAGUUAGAAUAUGUGUUUUGAGAUGAGUGAAUUGGAGCUGUGACUAAGUGGGACUGCUCGAGGUUAUGAUGAUUGCUUUUGUUGUUUGUGUAGAUAUGAGGACAUGGGAACAUUUCCCUGUACGCGUGGAUAAUGGAAGAUUUGGUGGUUUCAAACAUUCCGGUGUGUUCGAGACCAACAAACUAAAUAUCAAUUCUAAAUUGGAGUUGAUUUUCAGACGGGAUCAGCAGCAUAGGGCAACUUUUAAAAUUGAGACUGGCUGAGCAAAUAAAAACAAAUUUAAGACAACAUAACAACACCUUAGGUUGUCGGUAUACCCUAUGAUGCUGGUCUUGUGAUAAUCUAUUCCAAUCUAGAGUUGAUACUUGAUGUUUGGUUUACACAGUUUGAUGGUUAGUACACUCAUUGGCCUUCAGCGGUGUGGUAAGAUGGCCAACACUGCUAGACAUGGCACUUUAUAUGUAUAAAGUCAUUCUUUCAUUGAUUUCACAUUUGCCUUCACUCGAUUAUAAUGUUAUUUUCAAGAGGUGCAAUGUUAGUUUCGUUUGAUUACGCGGAGGUUUAGAAUAACUCGCAUAUGAUUAUUGAAAAUCUUCAAUGUGGAUAGCGAUUGGCGGGCUACAUGCAGGUGAAUUUCAUUAGAAAUAUUGUUAAGAUGAUAUUAUCGACAUUACAGCUAUAUUGCAAUAGCAGAAUGGAAAUAUAAACUUUUGAAAAUGGGGCCAUAGCAAGCGACAGUUUAUGUUUCCAGCAUGUCUUUUAAACUUGUAAAUUAAACCUAGCCAUUUCUCAAGGUAAACUGACACAGAUUACACGGGUCCCCUGUGCCUCUUGUUUUUGUUACAGUCGUGCUAUAAAUAGAAUGUUAACAGGUACCAAAAGAAAACGUUUUUAACAAUGUCUGUGAUUCAAUAAAUUGUGAUUCUGUGAAAUAGUGCACCUUCUUUUGAUAUGGAUAUAUACUUUUGUCCGAUCACGAUUACCCAAUAAUUAGUAUUGACUGUCUACUGAUGCAAUAUAUUUUCAUAAACUAUGUUAACGAUAUACGGAUAUCGCACCGCUGUCUGAGACAAAUUCUCUGUCAACAGUUUGUCAACAAUUAAAUGUAAUUGUCUAUUUUUAUUGGAAAAUAGAUUCUAUACAGUGUUGUUUUACUGAACAUAGUAUCCUAUUUUUAAAUAUGCUUUGAUGACAGACACAAACUUCGGCUAUCUAUAAUUGUCAUUAACUAUGCCUUUAUCAUCGUGUGUUCACGUGCGUCUUCGUACACGCGCACUCUUUCCUUUAAAGAUACAUAUACCUGUAUGCAUAGAUUUUACAUAUAAUUUGAUGUAAGUAUGGACCACCAGGUAGAGUAUGAUAAGAGUUGUAUGCAUGGAAACAUAGUAUAUAGUUAUGUGAUAUAGAUUUUGACAACAUUUGAAGAUUAAUUACUUGUUGAUGUAUAUAAAGAUGAAAAUAAUUGUACAUAACUAUUUUUACAACUGAUUUAUUGUUCUGUUAAUUGAUAUACGUUGUAAACCCGGUCAUUAUUUACUCGUGUCAGUCGUCAUCACUGUUUCCUGUGUGGGCGUCAUAUUCUACCACCGGUACUUCCUGUGUGGGCGUCAUAUUCUAACAUCAGUACUUCCUGUGUGGGCGUCAUAUUCUUAUAUCAGCACUUCCUGUGUGGGCGUCAUAUUCUAACAUCAGCACUUCCUGUGUGGGCGUCAUAUUCUAACAUCAGCACUUCCUGUGUGGGCGUCAUAUUCUAACAUCAGCACUUCCUGUGUGGGCGUCAUAUUCUAACAUCAGCACUUCCUGUGUGGGCGUCAUAUUCUAACAUCAGCACUUCCUGUGUUGGCGUCAUAUUCUAGCAUCAGCACUUCCUGUGUGGGCGUCAUAUUCUAACAUCAGCACUUCCUGUGUGGGCGUCAUAUUCUAACAUCAGCACUUCCUGUGUGGGCGUCAUAUUCUACCACCGGCACUUCCUGUGUGGGUGUCAUAUUCUACCAUCGGUAUUUCCUGUGUUGGGGUCAACGUCUACUGUCAGUAUUUCCUGUGUGGGGUCAUCAUCUACUGUCAGUAUUUCCUGUGUGAGAGCCAUCAUCUACUGUCAGUAUUUCCUGUGUUGUGGUCAUCAUCUACUGUCAGUAUUUCCUGUGUUGGGGUCAUCAUCUACUGUCAGUAUUUCCUGUGUGGGGUCAUCAUCUACUGUCAGUAUUUCCUGUGUGAGAGCCAUCAUCUACUGUCAGUAUUUCCUGUGUGAGAGCCAUCAUCUACUGUCAGUAUUUCCUGUGUGAGAGCCAUCAUUUACCGUCAGUAUUUCUUGUGGCGGGGUCAUCAUCUACUGUCAGUACUUCCUGUGUUGGGGUCAUCAUCUACUGUCAGUAUUUCCUGUGUGGAGUCAUCAUCUACUGUCAGUAUUUCCUGUGUGGAGUCAUCAUCUACUGUCAGUAUUUCCUGUGUUGGGGUCAUCGUCUACUGUCAGUAUUUCCUGUGUGAGAGUCUUCAUCUACUGUCAGUAUUUCCUGUGUGGGGUCAUCAUCUACUGUCCGUAUUUCCUGUGUGGGGUCAUCAUCUACUGUCAGUAUUUCUUGUGUUGGGGUCAUCAUCUUCUGUCAGUAUUUCCUGUGUGGGGUCAUCAUCUUCUGUCAGUAUUUCCUGUGUGGGGUCAUCAUCUACUGUCAGUAUUUCCCGUGUGGAGUCAUCAUCUACUGUCAGUAUUUCCUGUGUGGGGUCAUCAUCUACUGUCAGUAUUUCCUGUGUGGGGUCAUCAUCUACUGUCAGUAUUUCCCGUGUGGAGUCAUCAUCUACUGUCAGUUUAGUUUUUCCUAGUCCUAGUCUAUUAACGGUUGUUACUAUGUGAGCGUACUAAAUUACUAUUUACAAAAUGUAGAUAUUACAUUAUGGUGUUCAAAUAUUCAUGGGUAUCAUGGUAACAGUGGCAUUCUUGAACCGACAAUUUUGCAAUAAUAUGAAUAUUUUAUUCAAGACAUCCUCACAUGACGAGAACACUAAUGCACAGACGUCCUAAAUUGUCAACAGUGUUGGUAUGUAAGUGAUCUACUUGUAUUUGGUUUUUUAGUAGGUCCAUAUUUCCCUCAUCGUUCCAAAUCGUCAUUCAUAUAAUCACACGUAUUUCCAACAUUACAAGUUGCCCAAUACGACCCAAUACAACCAUUUGUAUAAUCAUUUGUAUCACCAUUCCUAUGUUUAAUUCAUCAAAGCAUCCCAAAUCACUCAUUUCAUUUUCAGAUCAUCCUUACCAACAUUCUCAUUUCAUUUGUACGCGUUUUAAACAUGCAUUUGGAAGUAAACAUCAUUUUUGUUGAUCAUGAAUGGUAUUGUCAAAUUGUACAUGAAGACAGACUUCACUGUACAAUAAUGUACUACACAGGGUUAAAGACUCCACGCCGGGAUCAGUACUGAUUGUCUCUUGUCUGGUGUUAAACUGCGAUAAAUGUAAUUAAGUUCAGUCGAAGAAAAUGACAAGGGGAUCUAACACAAAUAUUGUAGAAUGAAACGCCAUGUAUCUGAAGUGAGACACAUGUUCUUACAGAAAUUCCUAGCUGGUGUGAAUCAGAGUGAAUGUUUUGGUGAUCUUGUUUUAUUGCUAGUACACCAUGUUGGCGGUGAUGGUAUGUGCACGGUAUGCUAUGUUUUGAGGGGAAGACACACUUUUGGUACAAUUAAGAACAAUGAAUUAAUAUAAACAACAUCAUAGAUGAUUGUAAAACAUGACUAUCAAGCAAUAUUAAAGCACGUGUUGAGUAUUUGUGAUGCUUAGAUUAAUAUCUUUAAUAUGGUUUAUUUAUUCACGAAUAUUUUCUGCGUUUAUAAAUGUGCGCCUGCUAUUCCCCAGCAUAACAUCCUGGCAUACUACACCAGCUGGUAAACUUGUACUCAUCAGCUCGCUCUUGUGCAUUGUGCAGCAUACAAGCACGUGUGAUUUAAAACACGUAACAGGCACAAAGUCAAUGUGAUCGUUUAUGUGUGCUGUGUGUACCACUAAUCAACACCUGUCAUCCUGUGUAUGUAGUUCAUCUGUACAACGUUCCAAAAAUAAACUGCUACAUAAAUGA